AUGAGGUUCUUUACCGCGCUCUCCCUCUUCAUCUCCGGCGCAGCCAUCGCUUCGGCCCUCCCUUCCUCCUCCGAGACUGUCGAGGCCAACUGUGUCAAGCCAUACCUGUGCUGCGGCGAGCUCAAAACACCUCUUGACUCUACUCUUGAUCCGAUCUUGUUGGAUUUAGGGAUCGACGCUGCAAGCAUUGUUGGUUCCGUUGGCCUGCUCUGCCUGAUACCUUCAAAGGCACUGACAUGCCUGAAUGGCUACGCGAUCAUUGACCUCAAUUCGAUUCACCGUCACAACCCAUCCCCAGAAAACUUGAGCAUAUACCCAUACAAAGCAAAGAGCGAUGCGCCUUACUCCAUUGCGGAAAAUACUCUCCGGGCUGCAAUUCACAUUCCUAGAUCAUUCUCACACAAACGGGACAAGAAAAUACCGGUGCUCCUGGUACCAGGAACUGCUGUUCCUGCGGCCAUAACCUUUUAUUUCAACUUUGGCAAGUUGAGGAGAGCCUUACCCGAAAGUGAGCUAGUUUGGAUCGAUCUCCCUCAGGCCUCGUUGGAUGACAUUCAAUUGAGCGCUGAAUAUGUCGCCUAUGCGCUCAAUUAUGUUUCCGCUUUGACCUCAUCUAAGAUUGCCGUGAUUUCUUGGUCCCAAGGUGCACUGGAUAUUCAGUGGGCACUGAAGUACUGGCCAUCUACCCGGAGCGUCGUCAACGACUUCAUUGCUAUCAGCCCCGACUUCCAUGGAACAAUAGUCAAGUGGCUGGUAUGCCCUCUAUUAAAUGAUUUAGCCUGUACUCCUUCGAUUUGGCAGCAAGGGUGGGAUGCAAACUUUAUACAGGCCUUGCGGAGCCAAGGGGGAGACUCUGCCUAUGUCACCACGACCACCAUUUACUCUUCAUUCGACAAGAUUGUGCGACCCAUGAGUGGGGAAAAUGCUUCUGCUCGGCUACUGGACUACAGGGGGGUGGGCGUUUCCAAUAACCAUCUACAGACCAUCUGCGCAAAUAAUGCCGCUGGUGGCCUCUAUACGCAUGAAGGCGUGUUGUACAACCCUCUUGCAUGGGCCCUUACUGUUGACGCACUCCUUCACGAUGGGCCUAGCAAUAUUACGCGAAUCGAUACCCAGAAGAUCUGUGAACAAGUACUUCCGCCAUAUCUCGAAUUAACUGAUAUGCUGGGAACCGAAGCCCUCCUUUUAGUAGCCCUAGCAAAGAUUCUUACAUAUUCCCCGAAAGUCUCCGGUGAGCCUGACAUUGCAAAGUAUGCAUAUUAA